AUGUCACGAAGGUAUAAACCGAAUGUGAUUGUUACAGGUACUCCGGGCUGUGGUAAGUCAUCGCAUUCGCGAUGUUUAGUAGACCAGCUAAACCAGAAGCUAUUCAAGGAAGGAACCGUUUAUCAUUUCCAACAUUUCAACAUUAGUGAGAUUGCUAAAGAGCGUGAUUGUAUUGAAUCCUACGAUAAGAAACGGGACACUUCAGUGGUUGACGAAGAUAGACUACUUGACACUUUAGAGCCUGAUUUGGAAAAAGGUGGAAUUGUUAUAGAUUGGCAUUGUUGCGAUAUUUUUCCUGAACGAUUGAUUGAUUUAGUUAUUGUUCUUAGAUGCGAUAAUUCUAAGCUCUAUGAUCGAUUGAAGAAGAGGAAUUACAAGGAUGCCAAGAUUCAGGAAAAUUUGGAUUGCGAGAUUAUGGAAGUCAUAUUGAACGAAGCUAGGGAUAGCUAUAUACCAGAUAUUGUAAUUGAGUUGAAAAGUGAUACUGCGGAAGAAAUGGAUGAGAAUGUCGAUAGGAUUACUUUAUGGGUAGAGAAUUGGAUUAAGGAUCAUCCCAAAGGGGUUACUAAUGAGCUAGAAGGCGGCAAGACUGGGGGGGAUGAAGAAGAGGGCUUUAAUUCUGAAGAAGAAGAUCAAGAUGAUGACGAUGACGAGGAUGCUGCAUUUAGGUAUGAUGAUGACGAGGCUGAUGAGGUUGGUGUUGAAGAUGGUCUCGAAGAAGGAGAGAAAUAUAACCUUGAGAGAGCCGGAGAGGAUGAAGAACAAGCUAGGGAAAAUGAUGAAGAGGAAACAAAUGAAGCAGUGGAGCAUGCCGAGGAUAUAGCUCAGUAG